AAAAGCGCGUGCUGCAGCCCGUGUGCUCCGCUGCCUCGUGGGAGCGGCUUUGUUCCCGGGGCUCUCUGGCCACCGUUCUGCCACACUUCUCUUCCCCAUAUCACCUGCGCUCUCCCCGAGUUCCGAGACGGAAAGCAACCAUGCUGUUUUGGCACACUCAGCCGGAGCACUACAACCAGCACAACUCCGGCAGUUACCUGCGGGAUUUGACUAGUGCUCUUCAAAGGGAAAAUGAUGUCCUUGCACUGCCAAUCUUUAAGCAGGAGGAACCUCAGCUGUCCCCUGAGAAUGAAGCCAAACUGCCCCCAUUUCAGUAUGUGCUCUGUGCAGCCACAUCACCAGCUGUGAAACUUCAUGAAGAAACUCUGACUUACCUCAACCAAGGUCAGUCUUAUGAAAUCCGACUUUUGGAGAAUCGGAAACUGGGAGAUUUUCAAGAUCUCAACACCAAAUAUGUGAAGAGUAUCAUCCGUGUGGUUUUCCAUGACCGGCGGCUACAGUACACAGAGCAUCAGCAGCUGGAGGGCUGGAGAUGGAGUCGUCCUGGAGAUCGAAUCCUGGAUAUUGAUAUCCCUCUCUCUGUUGGCAUCUUGGACCCCCGAGCCAGCCCAACCCAAUUAAAUGCAGUUGAAUUUCUGUGGGAUCCUUCAAAGAGAGCUUCAGCAUUCAUUCAGGUACAUUGCAUCAGCACAGAAUUCACACCCAGGAAGCAUGGGGGAGAAAAGGGAGUUCCUUUUCGAGUGCAAAUUGAUACUUUUAAACAGAAUGAGAAUGGGGAGUACACAGAACAUCUGCAUUCUGCCAGUUGCCAGAUCAAAGUGUUCAAGCCAAAGGGAGCAGAUCGGAAACAGAAGACAGAUCGGGAGAAAAUGGAGAAGAGAACUGCACAAGAGAAGGAGAAGUACCAGCCAUCCUAUGAAACUACAAUCCUCACAGAGUGUUCUCCAUGGCCAGAUAUUCCUUACCAAGUAAACAAUGUCCCAUCACCGAGUUACAACAGCUCUCCAAACAGCUUCAGCCUGGGAGAUGGCAACAGUUCUCCAACUCACCAAGUGGAGCCUCUGCCUAUCAGCAAUGAUCACCUCCUUCCUUCCGCUUCUAUUCAAGAUGCCCAGCAGUGGCUUUACCGCAAUAGGUUUUCUCCGUUCUGUAGACUCUUCUCAAGUUUCUCUGGUGCUGACUUGCUGAAAAUGUCCAAAGAAGAUUUUGUUCAAAUCUGUGGCCCUGCUGAUGGGAUCCGGCUCUUCAAUGCCAUCAAAGGCAGAAAUGUAAGGCCAAAGAUGACCAUCUAUGUGUGCCAGGAAUUGGAGCAGAACAGGUCUCAUCUUCAGCAGAAGAGAGAAGGCGGAGACAGCAGUUUGUGCGUGUACCAUGCUAUCUUUUUGGAAGAGCUGACCACUUUGGAGUUAAUUGAGAAGAUCGCAAACCUCUACAGCAUUUCCCCUCAGCAUAUUAACAGAAUCUACAGGCAGGGACCAACAGGGAUCCAUGUGGUGGUGAGCAAUGAGAUGGUGCAGAAUUUCCAAGAUGAAUCUUGUUUUGUUAUCAGCACAUUAAAAGCUGAAAGCAACGAUGGCUACCACAUCAUCUUGAAAUGUGGACUCUGAAUGCCAGGAUCAUAAACCACAUCAGACUCCAAUGCACCCCUUUUCUUCUCUCCUAUCACCUCGACGUAGACAUCAUUCCAGCUGCAAAAUAGAGAGACUUGUUUGGAAAAAGCAAAAGCUCAAAGGGGACCAUCAUGACUACAGAAAACAAUGAUGAUGACCACAGCUUGGCAGAAAUGGAAGAAAAGACACUGUCCAGAAAAUGUGCUCCUGUCCCCUUUCCUUGCUUUUCUGUCCUCAAGCCUUCUUAAACUCCAAAUUUCUCAUCCAUGUUCACUCAUUUUGUCAUUCUUGAAUGAAAAAACAAUUCAAUUUUUUCUCUGAAACUUAUUCCUGGGAAGGACCCUGGGUUUGAGUUUUUUUCUCUUUGGAUUCCUUGCUUUCGCAGCCUCCCAAUUCUUCUGACUUUGUUCACCUAUAGCCCCAAGGCGAAUCCUUUGUUUCACAUCAGUGCAUUCUCUGGCUAAAUGGAUCUGUGGGCAGAAUGACUUAAAUUGUUGGAUACCGGUGACUCACCCUGUGAGUCCUUCUCAUGACUAUUCCUAGAAAUACUUAACCUUUUCACUUCUUUUGGGGAAUGCCCCCCCCUCCUUAUUUUUCCUCUGGGAUUUAAUGAUGUAAUUAAUAUGGGUUCAUUUUGUAUUAUUAUCAUCUUAUCUCCUUUCUUCCCCACUUCCUAUCCCAAUUUCAAAAUAAUUUUGUAAAUUUUUAAAAAAUGGCACAGGCUUUGUUGUAUCCUAUCCCCACUCAGAUAUUUGUGAAUGCCCCCAUUGUGGGUAUAUUAGCUUCUAUGUCAAUAGAUAUUUCUUCUGAAGACUCUUGGGGAUUCCUAGGGUGAGAUUUGGACCAUUUUCUAAGGAUCCUCCAGCUAAAGAAAGCGGAUGUUGACUUUCACAAAUGAGAUUUGAAAUGGGACUCAAAGCAUCUUUUAAACAUUUAUGAGAUUGGUGAUGACUGGGCAAGGAAAAUGUUCCUGGGUUGUUAGUUAACCUGAAGUGGUUUUGACAGUCAUGGUACCAGAAUUCUUGGGUUUGCAUAUAAAAUUUGUACCUGGAGAUUGGCCUUUGUGAAUAUGCUAUCUGUCAUAGUUCUGGCUAGUCUCCUCUUUUGGGGAAAGUUUAAAGCAAUCCUAAAUUUUAAGAUAUGAAAGAGACAGGAUGAUAUUUUUAGGGUCCUUAGAAUAUUAGUGAAAUAUGCAUGGUGGCCUAAGCUUACCUUAAGAAAAUUAUAACUCUAGGUCUGUUGGCAAUUUGAAUUUGAGUUUGGCAGAGUAGAAUUGGAUUUGACUAUUGUCAAACUAAGACUCAGUGAGCCAGAUUGUCUUAGCACCUAAAUUCUCUAUGGUUGUAAAGGAAAUAAAUAUCCUUUGGAAGCUUUAUUUGAAACCAUAGUAUAUGCUAUAUCAGUGGCUUAAGAAGAUUCUUCUUUUUGUUCAUUUGAGUUUGUUCCCUUUUUUUUCAUUCGGAUCACUUUUGGCACCAUGUUUCUCAUGACUUAGAAAGCCAAGCUGUACAUUAUUGAUUGUGCCCUAGAUGGUCCUCUGUGUCUUUUCUCCUUCCUCAGCCCAUCUGAGUAGCAUAUAUCACCCUGUGGGACUUUAAAAAUAUUUCCCGGGGAUUUUCAUAUCGGUAGUUCAUCUGAUCUUCACUAUCACUCUGUGAAGUAGACCGGGGGCAGCUAUUAUUUUUCCCAUUUUACAAUUGGGAAAAACUAAGAUGAAUUAUCUGAAGUCUUUGCAGUUAGUGGUAGAACUGGGAUUAGAACCCUAGUCAUCUGACUCCUGGCUUUUUUUUUUCUUUCAGUGAACCAUCAAUCAGUCAGCAUUUAUUAACCACCUCUCAUGAGCACAAGGGACUUUGCUAGGCAGUGGGGAUACAAAUGCAAAUAAAGAAUGAAACAGUUUCUACUCUUAAGGAGAUACUUGACUUGAGGAGGAACGAAGAAUUGUUGCCUGCUUAAGCUGAGUGACUCUCCCUGCCCACCUAUGCCUUCAGGUGGGCAGAGAUAUAAUAUUAAAUCUAACUAUUACCAUCCCGUUAACUUGGCUUCAAAGCAUUAGUGUCUGGAACUCAUCUUCCCCUCUCCUGAAGCUGGCCUAGGCAGAAAAAUCUAAGAGACUUAAAGGUGAACACAGGGUCCUAACCUUGGAAAAGCAUCCUAUCUCAGGCACUCAUGCAUGAUACUUUGCAUUUAAAGAGCUCCUAAGUCCUUGUAAAGAAAGAAGAUAUGCUGAAGUGGAAAAGUGGUUACAAAUGAGAGGGCAUCAAGCCACCUCUCUUCAUAAGCUCUGAUGAACAUUUUGAUUCUUGCUCAUCAUGAUGUUUGUGCAUACGUGCCUGCAUGCAAGAUUUGGAUCCUUUUUAUCCUAUCUUCCCCUUUAGAGUUUUCUUUCUUUCUUUCUUUUUUCUUUUUCUUUUCUUUUCUUUUCUUUUUUUUUUUUUUUGGUACCUUGACUAGCAAAGAGCCUUGGCUCUUUGACUAAAGGUAGCUGUAAUUUUGAUGAGGUCAGGAAUUAGUGGGUGGGCUGGAAUGGGAACCUCCACCCUUGCUGUAGAGAGCUUAUUCCCUUCCGUGACCCCUUCCUAUUCUGCCUCCAGGGUGCUGGUGAAGAGUUAUUAACCUGCUGUGAGCCCUCACCCAUACUGCUCACAAAUCUCCCAAGUCAAGGGUUGCUUCAGGGGAGGGCCUGAAUAGCUAAAUGUCAGAAAAUCAUUAACAGGGUAGAGUUGCCAAAAAAGUUUUUAAAAGGUUGGGUUUUUUUUCCCCCCCUUCUAUUGACGUAGUCAGUAGUGCAGAGGGAAGUAGCCCCUGGGUUAUAGAAAAGGAAGAAAAGCAUACAGGGAAUAAAAGGUAGAGGCAGGUAGACAAGGGUGUCUCUGAAAUAACAAGGUAAUACCGUGUUUUUCCUUUCCCUGGGUAAAUAUAUAGUGUGUCCGUCUAUAUACAUCUAUGUGCAUAUUGGGGCUAAAGCCCAUUGUUAAGCUAAUCUUUAGCCAUUAAGACUUUGCUAAUCUGAUAAUUUUGAAAAACAAAUUCACUGCCUGUUCAUCCCUAAAUUAAUGUUAUGGAUCAGUCUCUUAAAAAAGUAAGCUAAGACACCUCAUGGUAUAAAAAUUUAGCAAGUACCCUAUUUGCUUUUCACAAAACUUGGGCAAUAAAUGGGGUUUGGACUUUAGUGUCCAUUAGAUUUUAUUGUUUAUGUUUAUAUAUAUGCAUACCUAAUUGCAAGUGUGUAUGCACCUGACCCACCCCUAUCCUUCCUGCUUUUCCUAAGAAGCCUGGCCUUCCUGGCUUAUUGUUAAGCAGGUCAGCUAAUUCUUUAUAUUCCCCAAUGCUGUUAUAGAGCAAAGUCUUCAAAGGAAUUACAAAUAAUAGAGUCAGAUUUGUGGGGAAAAUAAUUUUUUUGAGAUUGUUCCAUUCAGUAACUUUUAGAUUAUAUAUAUGUGAUGUAUAUAUUACUAAAAUGGAUUGCGAUGGCUGCAAAAAAUUCUUACCAGUCUGUUCUCCUUCCUCAGAGAUACAGGGAUGGUUAGCAUUCUACCCAGUACCCACUCCCAGGAUCUGGCUUAAGAUCUAUGAUCAGUCAGUACUAAUUGUUUUUACACCUUUGUCCAGUGGAGAAAAAAAAAAUCAUUGAUUAAGAAGACUUCCUCGAAUGCUUCUUUAGCCCGUUAGUUCUCCAGGACGUCAGCCAGUGACCCUGAACUCAGAUUUGUUGUUUUCUUGGCUAUGUUUUUAAUCUACAAAUGUCCUGACUAUACAAAUCUCAAUCUGUGUAUUAAUUGACAUUCAUGUAAUGGUUUAUAAGUAUUUUUUUGGUCUUCACAAUAGCCUGAUAGGUCAAUACUAUUGAACCCAUUUUACAUAUAGUGGGAAAAGUCUUCCCUGAAGUUCUAGCACUUAAAGAGGUUGAGUCACUGGCCCAAGAUUAUCCUACUGAAAAUCACAGAAGUAGUAUUUUGGACCUAAGUAUUUCUUGUCUUAGCGUUUGUUAAGGGUGCUUUCCAUCACACUAGACUGCCUCUGAUUAGCAAAUGGUAAAAGUGUACUCAUUAAAAGUGUUGAUGGAAGGCACAGUGUUUUGUGAGAAAGGCGCCCCCCCCUCCCCCAACUCUCCAAUUCUUCUAUUCCCACUGGAACUUUUAAGUUUCUACAUUUUUUUGUCCUGGGGCACCUUACCAAACCUACCUGUGUGUGGAGACAAUAGGUCAAAUGCUUUUGAGUGACUUAAGGUGAGAAUUUUAUUGUAGUCUUCAGGGUUUCUACAGGCCUUUAAAACGUAGGUAUGACUGAAUGUGACUGUUGCUAAACUCCCCGAGAACUCAGAGGUGAUCAGUCACAGAGCCCAGAGAGCCUUUCUUUUUGUAGACUUUAAUACCCUCGUUCGAACUGAAGAUUGCUCAAGGCCACCCGAAUCUGAAAUUUCUAGAGGUGUUUUUUGUGAGGGGAAGGGGGAGGGGAGGGAAUUGCACUUAGGAUUUUGAGGGGAGUGUUUAUACCACAUUUAACCUUUUCUUUUUGAGGGAGUUAACAAAGAUGAGAUAGAAGCAGCAUAAAUCAGCUGCUGUUCUUAAUAGCAUUUUAUUUUGGCAGAUAGCAAAGUGUGAAUGCAUAUAUAUACUCAUGUAUACACAUAAACAUAUCUAUAUAUUAGUAUUUUGCUCAGCCCUGUGUACUCUCUUGAUCUUUCCCUACCACAAACUAGGGCAGAUUUUGCAAAAUGAGGGGCAGUUUGGUAUAAUGAACAAGAGUGCUUCCCUCGGAGAAAGACUUGGGUUCAAAUCCCUGCCUCCCCCACCCCCCACCACCACCAGACAUAGUAUGGCCCUUAAUAAGUUACCUUAAGUUACAGAGAAGACCUGUAUUGAUAAAGUUUUCCUCGUGUGGAGAUAACUAUGGUGAUAAAAUCUAGAGACCAAACCUAUCCUUGUCAUGAAGAUGAAUAAACUUAGAACCACAAAAUGGUUGUGAUUUUCCCAAAGUACUUACUACUGUCUUUAAGAAGAAACACUUAGGUCCUAUUUUUGGUUUCAUGAAAAUAUGCCCAUAAAUGGUGUGAUUGGGUUGAAAAAUAUUCUGAAAAAGUUGGUUACUAUUCACUUUGAUCCAAGGUGGUUUCUUUUGUUUUUUAUUUUUUUUCUGGUUUCCUGGAAAGGAGGAAUUUGACAAAAGGCUAUGGAAAUGUCAAUAUUGAGGCUUGUGCCAGCAAUUUUGAGUCCUAUUGGCCUUGCGAAGCUGUCACUGCUCCCUCCCUCAAGCCACUCCAAUGCAAAAUUCACCCAACUGAACAAUUUCUUCUUUUGACUAUUUCUAAGGAAAUUCUUCCGGUUUAUGCUAUAGCCAUAGUACACAGUAGAGCUCUGGGGCAGUACUCAGUUUCUAUGCUUUCAUUAGAUGCAAUGCAUCCUCAUUCAGGGUGUUCUUUGGCUGCUUUCUGACUAAGCCAUAGAACGUGCGUGUUCCCUCUGGACUCUACUGUUCCUUAGACUAUGAGAAGGUCAUCUGAUAAACUGAUGUCACUAUGUUAAUAGGAGAAGGCCUAAAAUAAAAAAUACCUCCCUUCUGAAUAAUGAGCAUUCUUAAUGUCAUUUAGAGACAAGUGACCUUGCCUUUAUUGCCUAACCCAAAGGAAUGACUAGAGUGCAAACUGCAGUUAAAUCAACUGGAGACCUAGGUUUCUAGUAAAGGUUUUGCUACCAAAUGGGUCAUGGGGCAGGCCACUUUACAUUCUGAAUCUCAGCUUCAACAGAGAUAAAACGAGAUUAGAUUAAAUGACUUUUAAAGGCAAAUCCUAAUCUGUGGUUUUAAUGGCAUACAUUUCAAUAUAGGUAGGAAGAGAAAAUGAAAGGUGCCAUCACUUGGGUUGGGAAAGUGGGAUAUAUAGCUCUUUUCAUUAAGUAUUUUAUUAAGUACUUUCUAUGUGCCAGGCACUGUGUUAAAUACUAGGGUUACAAAGAGGAGCAAAAGACAGCCUCUGUUCUUAAGGAGCUUGGAGUUUAACUGGUCUCAGCUUUCUUCCAACAAAACACAAGUAACUCCCUUCUUUUCCUAGUUCCAUCUCUGGCUAUCUGUGAAAAGCCAUAUUAGUUCUAAGGGAAAAGUCCCCAAUUAAUGAAUGUGUUGUCCUAACCCAGCCCAAAGCUGACUUUUUUUAUACUGAGUACCCUCAGAGAGAAAGUAGGGACAUGUCUAAACUUGGUAUGGUCCCUCCCCCUUCCUUCUAUUAUAGGGUUAGAUCUUGAUAAGAUUUAGCUGAAGAACCUACUUGGAACAGCUUCCUUUUGCAUUUUAAUGCUCUCAUGGCCCCUUAGUAUAAUUUAAAUUGCUUCUUCCCCAGUGCAGUCCUCUCUCUGUGAACAGAUAGGAUGUUAGUUUGGUGAUUGAUUCUUUAUAAAUGUUCCCUUUCAUAUAGCCUAGCCCUUACUAGGCUUUAAAAGAACCUGUACUAAAUGAGAGAAGGAUUUUGGACUUGAUGUGUAUAGUGUGUUACCUCUGUAUUAGCAUAUAUGUUCCUUUAUGUGUAUUCUAUCCAUUUUAACUUCUAGUUAGCACCAUUUAUUGCCUUUUAAUUAGUUGUUGCUUUUGUACUCAGGAAGUAUCCUAACUGCUCCUUGUCUUUGAAUAAAAACUUAUUUGGGAGUCAUGCCUCACUGGGAAUUGGCUUAAGCUAUGUGCUUGUAUGAAUACAGCUUUGUUUCUAAGAGAAUUCCUCUGGUUUCCUAUGUUAGGUUAUAGAGGAUUUUUGGAUCAAUACCACUUGAAAGCAAAGAGAUUUGGGAAAAGUUCAGGCAAGUUAACCAAAAGCCUGGAAUCAAUGUGAACCUGUUGUGAAGACUGACCUAUUUCAGGUAGACAGUGGGCAGCCAGCCAUCCUUUUGUUGACCAUCUUGUCUGCAUUGUAGAGUUUCCAGAGUGAAGCUGAAAAUGUAUCUGGGUGGCCCUGUUAUUGGUAAUUUCUUUAUAAGCAGUACUUGUCAAGAUGGUAAUCUAAUUGUAAGAAGUCAUUGGAUACCACUCUGGUGGGGGAUUUUUUUAGGAUUGUUUAGGACAAAAUAAAAGAAGGGAAGUCGAUUUUCCCUUCCAUUCUUUCCCAAGUUUAACAUUAAAGUGUUAUCUAAUGUUUGUAAUAUUAGGAAUAUCUAAUAUGUGUAUUUCAAAUUAUUGUAUUUCUUAACUGUUCUUCCCAGUUUCAUGUGAUGUGGUGUUCAUCUUGCUUUUCUGUCCUAUGAUUAGUAAGUAGCAUUUUUUUAGUUUGUUCCAAUUGGGUGAUUCUCUUCCAAAGGGCUAUGGAAGUCUAUCUCUUCUUUGGAGAUUCAACCAUUAGAUCAAGGUGGCUUUUCCAAUUAGAUGUGACUAAGAAUGGGCACAUGGAAAGUGGAAAACGGAGACUAAAGUGUAAACAGUCAUCGUACUGCCGCGUUGUUUUUGUACGUGAAAUAAAGCAUAUUUUGCACUGGCUUAUUGUACUGUUGUGCAGAAGAGAAAUCUCUAUCCAGAGUCUGUGCUUCAGUCAAAAUGCAAAUAAAAUUUUAAUUUGUAAGAAAUCCCUGUGGUCCAAAACUCUGUAUCUUGAAGUUUGGUAAGUGGUUGACUCCUUUGGUAUAUUUGCCUAGGGUUCAAAGUCUUCCCUCAUCUUGAGCCUUUUUAACCUAUUCAACUAUUCCCCUCAUCCAGACUUAUCUACCUUAUUCCUGAACAUGCUUUAUGUAUUCCUGCCUCCAUUCAUUUUAGUUCUGCUAUUUUUUUUAACCCUUACCUUCUAAGAAGAAUGGCAAUUAGGGUUAAGUGACUUGUGUAGGGGGACACAUAGCCAGGAAUUAUCUGAGGUCAGUCAUAUCUGGACCCAGGCCUUUCCAGUUACAGACCUAGCACUGUAUCCCUGCACCACCUAUCUGCCCCUUUACUUCUGAAAUGCAUUCUUCACAUCUCCACACCUUUGAGCUUAUAUGAAUUUUGCUCAUCCUUCAAGGCCACCACCACCAUGAAGCUUUUCCUCUGAACUGUAAAGAAUAUGGGAUUGAGAAAGCAGCAUUAAGAAACUUGGAGAGGAAUCCUAAUUUCACCACUAACUAGCUAUGUAAGCCCAGGCAAGCCAUUUAAUAUUUUGGGGUCUUACUUUCUUCAUCAAAGAAUGGGGCUGGAUGGGGAGUGGGGAAUAUUGGUUGUAAAUUUUUAGGAUUCCAAGACCAACUGCAACAAUGAAGCUUUCUUAAGUCCCUCCACUUCAGUCUAGGGUAGUCUGUCUAUUAUUAUCUCAUAAUAUUUAUUGUCUAAACUAUUUAACUGUGCCAUUCAUUUGGGACUGAUUGCUACUGUUUAUUAAAUAAUAUUAGCUAGUGACUGAUGGCUACAAGUAACUCUCUGGAAGAGGCAUUACUACUUUCAAACUAUAAGCCAUCUAUUUCUCGCCCCCAUUUUAAGGUUUUAUUUUUCCCCCCCAAAUACAUGUAAAAAGAAUUUUUGCCAAUAAUUUUCUAGCAUUUUCAGUUCCAAAUUCUCUCCCUCCUUUCCCUUCCCUCUUCCCUGAGUCACUAAGCAAUUUGAUGUUGGUUAUACAUGUACUACAUACAAGUCAUUUCUGUAUUCUUCACAUUGUGGUAAAUGACAUAAAAAACAAAAGAAAAUAAAGCAAAAAUAGUAUACUUUAAUCUGCA